GCCUGUUACACUCUCUUCUUGUGCGCUAUAUAUACAAAAUUGUGCCCGAACCAUAUAUGGAUGAGAUAUUUCACGUGGAUCAGACAAGACGUUAUUGCUCCCACAAUUUUACAUGGAACCCGAAGAUCACCACACCACCGGCACUGUAUGUGAUAUCGGUGCCGUUAUUCUGUGGACACGAGAGAUACGCUAAUUCGGCCCUAAUUCCAUUUGCUUUCGUUGGCUGCUGCCAGUUUCGACGCCUGUUCCAGAAGAACUCGGAAUCAUCGUUGCUGGUUUCACUGGCUGUCUUGCUGCUCCCGGUUCUGUUUCAUUCCUCGUUGUUGUAUUAUACUGAUUUGCUGUCACUGACAACUGUCCUCUGGGCACUUUCGCAACCGCCCGGUUUAUUUCCCACGUUGAUAUUUGCAUUGUCGCUAUGCACUCGCCAGACGAACAUUAUCUGGGCAGCUGCUUACGGUUGUGUACAUUUUUUCCUUUUGCUAAAAAAUGAGGGAAAAUUUACCGCAAAAGCAGUGAUUUCAAGUUUAUUGCGUCUUUGGUCGCUGUUACUGUUGCCUAUUGCAUUCAUUGUAUUUUACGUGUUGAACGAUCGCAGUAUUGUCCUCGGCGAUCACUCCGCUCAUCGGCCGGUGCCGCAUUUUAUGCAAAUUCACUAUUUCUUUGUUUUCUUCAUCUUCAGUGCCGCGCCUUUGCUUGGCUCAAACUUGAAGACUUUCCAAUCAUUGGGGCGAUUGGUUUUCAGUCCAAGAAAAAAUUUCAUUUCGACCGUUUUACUCAUUUUCUGCGUAUUCUUCUUUACCAUGCAACAUCCGUACUUGCUGGCCGACAAUCGCCACUUCACAUUUUACAUCUGGCGACGCUGGUUUUUGCGCCAUCCCUUAUGUAGAUAUCUCACCGUGCCCCUCUAUAUCGUAUCCCUCCAACUCUUUAGGUAUACGGUGUCCCACUGGCCGAGGUUUCUUGUUUUACUGUAUAUUUUGGGGACAGUGGCUGUUGUUGUGCCGGUGCAUCUUGUUGAGCCACGGUAUUUUAUCACAUCCUAUGUAAUCUGGCGUCUUAGCUACGUGGAUCGACCGCUGACCGUGUUGCUACUCGAAUUACUUUAUGAGGCUAUUGUCAAUGUCUUUGUACUGUACUUAUUUUUAGCAAAGCCAUUCGAAUGGCCCCAUGAGCCGGGCGUGAAACAGCGCUUCAUGUGGUGAAU